AUGUUCGACCCGAUGAAAUGGUUUGGUCGAGGUCCGUAUCAGCAAGUGGGCGAUUCUGACGAUCAAAUCGAAGUUGAUCAGAUCUCAUUCACAAGUUCUUGCUCAUCUGGAGAGCACGAAGGAUACGUGACCCCCAAGGACACGCCCACGGCUCCUGGAAGACCGCUCGAUCCUCCGAAUGAUCUCAUUUCAUUCGAAGACACCGACGUCAUGAUCCCAGGUGGACAAAACUACGGUUUAUCGUUGAAACCUCUAGUUCAGGAACGUCGGAGAACUCGAUUCUCUCUUCGGCAGACAGUCCGAUCCUUCCGUCUUCUUCGUCCGCAUUCCCCUCCUCUUUCCCUCUCCCUCAAUUCUCACCCAAUACUCUGAAAGAAAGCACAAUCGUUCGUAAUUCAAUAUUCUGGUUCAACGAGUCGGAAGUGGACGCGUCCAAACUGGUGCUUCCGAUUUCGAACCGAGGAAGAGUGUGUCGAUUUGAUCACGACGUGGACGACAAUCAGUUGGAGACAAUGUGCCGGACACUGCAGAUCUCAAUUGGCCUGUGCGAACGGUCCCGAUGGCUGAACCACUUGGCCAAGGAUCCAGUGAUGUCUGCGCUGGUUCAAGAGCUCGAUGAGGACUUUCCGGGGCCUUCGACGUCUUCGUCCGAAUUUACAGAGAAUCCUGAUGAAGACGCGGACGAGGAACAUCUGCAAAACGGUCGGUCGAUCGAAAUCCCUUUCCAACGCCCGCCCGCCUCUUCCUUCUCUUCCUCUUGCACUGGAUCUUUCCAGACUUUUGUCUGUACUGGCGAUCGUCGAGAAACGACCGGAAUCCUGGACGAUACGGUUUUGGUCCAGACACCAACGAAUCCAGGAUUCGCGCGAACGAUGGUGCCGAAAAGGCGAGGAAUUCAGGGAGUUGAGAUACGACGGAGGGUGAACGAGACACCGUCGGCCGUCUGUUCGGCCAUCAUUCGACAGGCGGUUCAGAAAGACGAACCGGUCGACAGAAGGAUGGUCGAGUGGAUGAGAGGCUUCGCAGAGGUCGACACGUGGAUUCAGGAGGUGGCUCCGGCGUCCCGCAAGCACGACAAGUACUCGUUCGAAGUGCCCGUUCUGGCCGAAGACUGGUGCCUCGUCGUGCACAAACAGCUGCCGCUCCGUCAAGGACUCGAAGCCCAGCAAUGGAAGUGCGCCGCCUGUCGCCAGUCACUCCACGCCACAAAUCUGUCCGAGAGGGACUCUUGUCCCCGCUUCUGCGACUACUUCGGCCUCUUCUUCUGCACUCUCUGUCAUGGAAACGAAAAGUCGAUUAUUCCGGCGAGAGUGCUCACUCAAUGGUCAUUUACGGAGCACGGAGUCUCGGAUAGAGCCAUGCGCUUCUUGAGAUCUGUUCGCGAGACACCCGUCUUCAAAAUGAGGGAGUUGUCGAUGGAUUUAGUGAAGAAAAACAAGGCACUGAGGGCCGUGAUCGAGUUGAGACCCAAAUUGAAGCACAUGGAAGCAUUCAUUAAGGUUUGAGAGGCUUAAAAUCGUUUCAAUCUCAUCGUCACUGAUUCUAAUUCCAGGUCUGCGUGGACGCCUCCUCCCAAGUAUUCGAGUUCGGAAAUCUGAGCACAAUGUUUGCGAGUCUCGAUCGAUACCUCCUAGAAACGGACGAUCUUUUUUCUCUGAAUGACUUGCUCAGAAUCUAUAAUAAGGUUUUCAAAAACAUUCGAAGAACCAUCUGAAUCUACAAAUUUAGGAUCUAAUAAACCUUCUGGAGCCGCUCGCCAAACGGGCCCGCGAGCACAUUCUCAACUGCAAACGCUGUCGUCUCCAGGCGCCCGUCUGCGUCCGCUGCAACGACAUGACGGACCGUCUGUUCCCCUUCGAAGAACGGGCGAUCUCCAGAUGCGACGGAUGCGGACACUUGUCCCACGCGCCGAAGUGUCCGAGAAGAGACGUUCCGAAAGACACGCACUGCCCGAAAUGCGCCAGGAUCAAGCCACGAUCACGAUCAUCUCGCCUUAUUGGAGACGUCGUCUGA